AUGCCCGAUUCUUUUGUUUUAGAACCGCAAAGAGAAGUGAUCUCAAUAUACAAAGAUGACUUUACCACCCCGCCAUCCAGACCUCAAUAUUUCAUCGAAGUUUAUCGCUGUGUUAAAGUUGAAGUUGGCGAAUGCUCUAGCAGUGGACCGUCUGCGUACCCGGUUCCAAAAACAACGAACGAAAUUGAGAUAGUGGUUCCGGAUAUAACAAACAAAGAUCGCGAUUCCAGCAAUAAAAAGAAGUUUUAUAAAUAUGUCGUCUAUAAUCACACGUCUUGUCAAUGUGGGAAAUUGACGUACAGGAAUGGACCCCCGAAUGGUAGACUGUAUAAAACCAUAACUAAUAACGAAGGUUAGUCCAGCUUUAAUACACUGAGCAAAUAGAGCACGUUUGCACAUGACGUCACAGCCGCCAUGUUGGUGUUCCAAUAGACAACUUGCAUGUUAGACUACUUUUUGACCUAGGCAAAAAAACGUAAAUUCCCGUAAAGAACUUAUUAAAAUUAGUAAAAUUGCAAAAUUUGGUUGCGAAUUGUUGUAAAAUACGGAAAAUAUAGCCUUGCGAAGUUUGCAUAUUUUGUUUGUUUGUAUCAUUACGUGCGGAAAUUGUUACCAUUUUUGAGCCGAAUAUGGUAAUAUUAUGGUAGCACGUAAUACAAACACACAACCUCGUUGCCAGGGCUUUUCCCUUUUUGUCAUAGAAAACCGCCGGGUGCCAGGGAAUGCCAGGCCCUUUUCCCGCCUUCCCAAUGACAAAAAGGGAAAAUCCCUGGGAACGAGGUUGACAAACAUGCACAUACAAAAUUUGCGAACUUUGCAAGACUAUAUUUUCCGUAUUUUAAAACAUUGCGCAACCAAAUUUUGCAAUUUUACUAAUUUCAUUAUGUUCUUUUUAUCUGUGGUGUUUGAUUCCCUUCUCUUUACUUAGAUUAAAAUUUAGUCUAACAUGGAAUUUGUCCAUUCAAAAGAAUUUUAAUUAGACUCUUUUGUCUGGAACACCAACAUGGCCGCCAUGGCUUUUGUUGAGUUGGUCCCUGGGGAAUGAGUGCAAACGCUCCAAUUAAUACCGUGCAAUUACCUAAAUUGAAUAUGUUUUGUGAUCAACUUUCUUUCGUUUUUAAGAAAAUUUCUUUUUUAGUUUUAUUGUUAUAGUCAUAAAACAUGUUUAUAUUCAGGGUGUCCCCCCAAACCUCAAAACUAUUGAAAUAACGUAUUGCUGAAUUUGCAUAUACUAGCACUAAUCUGAACGCAAAUAUGCGUAAAAUAUUGACAGGGUGCAUAUAUUAUAAAUAUUGACUUGCAUAUGCAGUAAUAAAUUUACGUGGUGUUUCCACAAACAAAAGUAUUAUAUGAUUUAUCGCCAUGCAAACAUACAAAGAACUUAAAUAUUGACUUAUUAAGAAAUUAAAAUCCCUUUCGGUGAAGCGCACGAUUUUCUGCUCUUGGGAAUUUAAAGCAGUUUCUUAAAUAGUUUCUUUAUGCAUAAAAUUUACUUAUGUCAAGCUUUUAUGCACUUGUGGGUUCAGCAGAGUGCUGAGGCAUUCAAAUUCUAACAAUACGCUAUUUCAAUAGUUUUGGGUUUUUUGGGACACCCUGUAGAAGUUGAUGAAAUUAAAAUACAACCAGGAGAACACGGGAGCUCUCCCCUCAGCACUGAGUUAAACCUGCUAUUUUGAAUAUCAAGGUUAGGGUAUAUUCUUACUUGAUGCGCUUGAAAACUCGUGUAAAGGGCGUUUUCCACUCCUGACGAAUUUGUUCGCGCGAAGCGUCUUUGUCGGCAUCGCUCUUGCUGACGUGAUGAGCAAUGCUGGCAACGGAUAAAACAGCUGCGCGUGUUUGUUAUUCGUCAGGUGGAUUUCUGCCUCCGUGAUUUCUGCCCCGGGUCUUCCUCUGCCAUAAAAAAGUAACUAAUCCACCAUAGCUGCACCCCAUGGCGAGAACCCGAGGCGCAUUGGUCAACCUUCGACUCAGUGACAUUUCACGUAAUUCAGGUCUCCGCUGCAAGGAAAGGUGAUCUUUACACGGUAACUUUAAUCCGUAUGAAUUUUUCUUGCAGUGUCGGCAGCUUAUUUCAAAGCGAAGUAUUCGAAAAAUACAGUCAAUCUGAUACGUGUGUGUAACGUUUGCAACAAUGCUCAACCAAGAUACAAACUCCAUCCAAAACAUUUCAACGUUGACUUACAAUAUAAAUAUCUGGCGUACCAACAGUGCUUACCUGGCUGCGUAGUGGUGAAAAACGAAACGUCUAACAAGCAAACUUCCAUGCUGUCCGGUAGUUCCGUUAAUGUCCCGCUAACAAAUGAUAUUUCAUGCAAGGCUUAUGACGGAGCUAAAACACAACAACAAGGUAAAAAUAAUCCUCAGAAGCUCAAAAGCUCAUCCUCAGAAACUCCAGUUGGAAACUCAAGUGAUCAAGGUAAGAAAUCACUUGUCAAAACAAUCUUCGCUGUUACCAACCAAGACGAUUGGUCAGAUAGCGUAUUAGAGGAGGGGCAUAAUAGAGUGGGUUUAUUAGAGAGAGAAGCGUAUUAAAGAUGAAACUUAGUAGGGCGGAUAUAAUCCAUCUUGAUGAACGAUUCUCUUGUUUGCUGUAUUUGUACACAGAUAUCAGACGAACUACAUUUUCAUUGCUCAAGUUCGUUCAGACUCAAGUUCGUUCAACUGAACUUCCAGGACGAUUUAUAAAUCUAAUUAUUAGAAAUACGUUUUUCAGUUAUGUGGGCGUGGUCAAGGAAGCUUAAGAGAAGCGGGUCAUAUUGGCCAGAUGGCGUAUUAGAGUAGCUUAUUAGAGAAGAGAGAAGCUUACUAGAGAAGGAACUUAAUAGGGAGGGAGCUUAUUAGAGAAGAGGCAAGAUCGAGAGGGGGCUUAUUGGAGAGGGGGCUUAUUAGACGGGGGGAUUGAUAGAGAGGGUAUCAGAAUUUAUGCAAUAGAGAAUUGAUAAAUUAACAUGAAUUCUUAUGUUUCUGUUUAGAUGCAAAUUAUGAGAUUCUAGUUUACAUUGCUUCAGGAAAAGUUACCCUCGCCGCCUUUCUACUGUCGUUG